AUGAUCGUGCCGGUGAUCUCAUUGGACGUCGAUGACGAUGACGAUGUGGAAUCGAGUCAGGAGGCUCGACGCGUCGGCUCGAUUCGACGCGUUCGAAGUGUUCGAUUGGACGCCGCCGCCGACGGUGUUGGCGUCGAAUCGACGACGACAUGGCUGAGCCGUUUGGGACGAUCGCAAUCGUUGCGUCGGCCGAACGCCGCUGAGACGUCGUCGUCGUCGCCGCCGCCACCGUCGUCGCCGACGCCGAGCUUCAUCGGCGAAUUCUCGCCGAUGAUUCGAAGCGCGAGUUUGCGUGUGAAGCAGCAGCUCGCGCAGCGGCUCAGCGAGCCGCUUCGCAAAGCCGAAGCGACCGUGUCGCGAUUGUUGACGGUUGACGGCGGAGGCGGCGGCGGCGAUGAUGAUUUUCAGCAUUAUAGCGUUGUUCAUGGAUGCAAUAAUAAUAAUCAUGGAGAAGCUGAAGACGCUGGAUCGUCGAGCGAUGAGGAUGAUCCCGAAUAUUUGGAGCUCAUGGAGCGCGAUUCGAUUAUUAAUCGAUAUGAGAAGGGACCCGAAGGUGUCGAUGUUGACGCGUGGGAGAAUCCGGAUUUCGAAGUCUACACGAAAAUGGAUCGUUUCGGAUUUGUGCACAAAGAGGGCGACAACGUUGGCGAAUCGGGCGAUCUUCAGCGGCGGCGUGUGUUCAAAGAAUUGAGUCGCGAGAAAAAAUGGCUGAAAAUGAUCGAGGUGUGGAAGUCGGGUGGUCCGUCGAAAAAAAUGGAGGAUCGCAUCUGGAAAGGUGUGCCGGAGAAGUUGCGCAUCGUCGUGUGGCCGCGGCUGCUCGGCGGCGAGCGAAUGCGCGUUGAGAAGAAGGACGUCUAUUCGGAGUUGGUGCUUCGCGCGCGACUCGUCUCCAAAGACAUCAAACAAAUCGAUUUGGACAUCAAUCGCACCUAUCGCGAUCAUUUGGCGUUCAGGAAGCGAUACGAUGUGAAACAAAAAUCGCUUCUCAACGUUCUCGCCGCCUACUCGAUGUACAACACCGAGGUUGGCUAUUGUCAAGGGAUGAGCCAGAUCGCCGCGCUCUUCCUGAUGUACUUGGACGAGGAGGACGCGUUCUGGUGCCUCCAUCAGUUGAUGGUGAGCCCGAAGCACACGAUGCACGGAUUCUUUGUGCCGGGUUUUCCGAAACUUCAACGAUUCGAAGAGCACUUCAAAACGGUGCUCAAAAAGUACAAGCCGAGAGUUUAUAAGCAUUUGGAGAAGCAGGAUAUUCCGUACAUCUAUCUGACGAAAUGGUGGUUCGGAUGCUUUUUGGAUCGGGUGCCGUUCUCAUUGGCGUUGCGACUCUGGGACGUGUUUCUGGUGGAGGGCGAUCCGAUUCUGAUAGCGAUGUCGUUGAAUAUCAUGAAAAUGCAUGAAAAAACCAUACGAAAAUUAUCGAUGGAGACAUUUAUGGAGUUUAUUCAGAAUGAUAUUGCCAACAAUUUUGGGUAUUCGGACGAUGAGACGAUGCAUUCGUUGAGGGAGACACUGUCGAAAUUGAAGAGCGAUCGACAACACGUGCCGCCGCCGCCGCGUGCCGACGAUCUUGCCGAAGUGCCGACGAAGGCGCUCGGGCCGAUUCUUCAGAAGCCGAUGGCUACGAUUCGCGAGGAGAUUCACGAGAUUCAAUCGCGUCGAAGUCGUGCGAAUUCCACCGGCCGAUCGCCGUAUCCGAAACGGAAAGAGGUGCCGAAGGGAGCUGGACCACCUCCGGUCACCCAUAAAUGGAACGAGCAAGAGGUGCCGUUUGAGAUUCCGACGCGACGAGUCAGCGGUUCAUCGCCAUCGAACUCUGCAAGUAGAUCUCGCAACUAUCAUCACGGUGCGUCUCGUGAAUCGGCGACAGCGACGCCGACAAUGCAACGUCUUCGAGACGAUCGAAAUGGACAAAUGGUCCUAUUGAGUCGCGCCAGCGAUUCGGAUGGCGAUGGAAGCUCGCCGACACAAGACCAAUGGCAACAUCAGCGAAAUGAGUCGAAAGUCAGCGUGGCGUCGUCGAGAAUAACGCACGCGCCGAAUCACGUGACAAGAAUCGAGCUCGAUGGCGAUGUGUCGGUGAUUUAG